UGUGUGAGAGAGAGAGAGAGAGAGAGAGAGAGAGAGAGAGAGAGAGAGAGAGACGUGAGGCACAGAUUACGUGGGCUUCCAUCACCUUCCUGCUCGACCGCGAGGAAAACAUCGAAUCAAACUCCCACACUCCCUCCCAAUAUCAGCCCGUUCUUGACAGCAUCAAAGCAAUGAACUUGCGUUCGUUGACGAACUUGUUCAACACAUCAGGCAGCGCGCGCGGCCCUUGUAUUUUUUUAUUUUUUUUCGUAACUUGGUCCUUUUCGGUCGUCCCAUCAACGGGCAUUCGACAGGAAGCAAUAGCAAAACUAUAUCGGUCUUUCUGGAUCUUGGGUUCAAAGUUGUAAACUACUUUUGUGACGAAUUGUGACAGGAACGCUUCGCCCUCCUCGGUCUCGUUCGUCUUCUGUCCUUGCCUUCCUGCGCCGUUUAUGCCCUACCGGACUACCGUGCCAUUGUUUCCCCUCCGUGCUUCAUCAUCACAAUUUUCCUGUUCUCUCCCGCUCUUGGCCCUUGACCAGCACAAUGCCUGUUCCCUUUGUGAACAUCUCCGUGCCACCUGAGAUGCCUAGUUUUUCAUGGAUCGUUCGAUGGAUCUUCCUCCUCCUCCUCC